AUGUCCUUUUCCGCUGUCAUGGACGAGAUUCCCUCGCAGGAUCCAGACUUGGAAAUCCCGACCAGGCCCGUUACGCCAGUCGACAACACUGCGAUGCUAGGCGUCCCGGCCAAGAAGAACCAGCUCUACCAUUCAGACAGUGUCAACAAAGUUCUCAAUGAGCUUUCAAGAAACCUCAGUGGCAUCUGCGACAACACCAUCUUCUCCUCAAAGGCGGACAAAAUGCCACCUCCCCCAGGUGUUGGCAGUCAGAGCGACAUUCAUUUCGCCUAUGGUUUCAAGCAUAAUUCAGGCGAACCUUCAUUUUUAUCUGGUCCUUCCGGCCAGACUGCUCUUCCCGUCAUGUCUGUCUCACCUGCAGACUGCACUCUCACCCCCGCUUCCAAAGACAAGACUAUGAAUGUCGCACUCGACCUCAUGCAUUUCUACCACUCCAAUAUCCCCGAACCACCGUCUCUCAGCAAUAAUCUCACUCCUCGUUCAACAUCUCCGGCCCAAGUCGUCUCCCAACGCAAGCCAGAAACCUCAAAGGUAGACGCCGCGACCACUCCGAGCCUCUCGCCCUUGUUAGCCACUUCGGGUGCAUCUCCAAACCUCUUGCAGCCACAGAAUACGUCUUCUCAAUCUACCUCGUCCUCUGCCUCGUCAAAACCUGGCGCCCAAUUGAAUAGUAUACUUUCUCCGACACCGUCUACCCCUGCACUCUCAUUCGACGGUGUUGGUUCUGGGAGUGAUCAUGAAUGUCGAGAUAAUGCACCUCUUCCAAAGCGCCCUCGUGCACCUCGUCGAGCCACCAAGGAUUCCGCCGCAUCAACCUCGACGGCUGCCAAAUCUACCCCAUCCUCGAGCAAAGGCAAAGGACCAAUUAGUCCAUCUCUCCCAUUGACCCCUUCAAUGCCCAUUAUCACUCCCCACCUCCAACCGCAAAUCCCAAACGGAUACACUGUUCCAAGCUCGGAGAUCAAUUCAGACUUUGAGGACGACGGAGAGGAUGAGGAUGUCAAAGAUCUAACCUAUCAGCAAAGCCCAUACUCUGGUGGUCCUGUCCGUGAAAAGGCACGCGAGAGAGUCAGUGAAAAGCCCAAGGUGGUACCCCGGGUCAAACAACGCCACGGCAAAGAAGAGUGGUCGAAUGUAGCCGAAGCCUCGCAUCCGUACAAAGGACUCAAAACGCUUGGUGUUCCAUCAUCCGGAAACGGACGCCAGCGCUGCUCGUACGUGAGCCCUUAUGAUGGAUGGAAAUGUGACCAGGUACUUGCACGGUCGUACGACGUACCGCGUCACAUGGAAGUACAUGCGAAAGAGGAGUACGAACUCGUCAUCACCGGCAAGCUCGCUGCGGAACGCUCCGACUUGUAUACUUGCGUGACCGAGGCAAACAUGUACGUUUGUCUCGUGUGCCGCAAAGACUUUUCUCGCAAGGACGCCAUGCAACGACACGUACGCAACUCUGCAAAAAUGUCGAAAGCAAAACACCGCGCGGAGAACGCCAAAAUAAGCAUGAAGAAGCGGGUCCUUGGCGAUCCAAUUGUUCCUCAUCCAUAUGACAUGGCAAAUACGGAGAGUGGAGGUGGUGUGCCCGAAGAAAUAUUGGAUAGGCAUCGUGCGCUGCUCAACAAUCUCAAAGAAGAGGCCAUCGCACUCGGCCAGGACGUCUCGGACUGGGACGUAGAGGAGAUGGUUCCCAAGCUCGGAGGCGGCCUCUUUGGCACCUCUAGUACGGGCGAGUUAUACGCAGGCAUGCGCGAUAAGGCUCCAGGGAUCCCCGUGGGCAGACGCGGUGGAAACAAACAAAAGACGGAAGCAGCAAAGUUACGGGCGAUGGAGGAGCUUCCGAGAACUCGAGGUGCCAAUCGAGGUGCGCAGAAAAAGGCCGGGACAUCUCGGAUGUCUUCGCAAGCUGCGACACCCAAAACGAACCCGUCUACCGCUGGAGGAUCACAGGAGCAUGGACCCACGACGGAGUCCGAAGACGAUGAGCUGGUGUCGAGUGGCGAAAGCUCGCCCGAGGAGGAAGAGCCAAUGGAGAUGGACUAA